AUGUCCAGCAUAGGGAUGGCGGCCGGACUGAGGCGGGGGGCGAUGGCGCUGCCCGCGGGGCUCCGCUGCGGCCGGCUGCCCGCCGCGGCCCACCCCCGCCGCGGCCUCCUCCUCCUCCGCCCGCCGGCCGCGCCGCGGGCCCCGUCCGGCCGCCUCGGGCCUGCGCCCCUCCGGCCGCCCUGGCCCCCCGCGCGGCCCUACAGCGGCGGCGGCGGCGAAGGGGGGCGUCGGAGCGUGGUGGUGGUGGGCGUCCCCAACCCCCUGAUGUGGCUCCGCACCCGGCUCUACUUCUUCCUCAUCCGCGCCUACUUCGACCAGGACUUCAGCAUCCACGAGUUCACGCAGGGCGCCAAGCAGGCCUUUGCUCAUGUUUCGAGGUUGAUUUCCGAGAGUAAAUAUGAUUUGCUGGAGGAGUUGAUAUCUAAAGAGAUGCUUCAGGUGCUGAAGGAGAAGGUCUCUUUGCUGUCUGAAGACCACAGAAGCGCCCUGGCUGCUGACAUGGACGAAAUAAUGUACACGACGGCAGGAGACGUUGGCAUAUACUACGAAGAUAGCGGAAGAAAGUUUGUUAGUAUCCUGAUGCGCUUCUGGUACCUGACCAACGCUGACCUUCCUGACGAAACUCCAGAUGGAACCAAAGUCUUCCAGGUUGUGUUUGGCGAUGAAACGACCAAGGAAACGAAACGCCUCUUGACAGCAAACUAUGAGUUCCGGAGAGAAUUUACCCAAGGUGUAAAACCGGACUGGACAAUUACCCGGAUCGAACACCCAAAACUUUUAGAAUAAAUUCACUGAACACCAUUUUCACGGACCAUUAUC